AUGUCGAGCAUUGUUUUAAUAAUUGGUUUUUGGACCAUUGUAUUCAUUUCUAAUGCCUUACUAAAGGUAAGUGUAGUAAGCUUGAUCAUUACACAUCCGUGGACCUGAAAUGACAAUAUUAUUUCGAUGAUGUCUCAGAGCACUUUCAAUUUUAUCGUGAAACUAUCUUGGGAAAUUAUUAAGGGAAAUCUUGAAACUAUUCAGGGAAAACCUCUCUCUUGUCUUCCAAGGCUAGUUACUCCUAUGCGUUGGGUUUCCUUUUAAUCCUUUAACCUCCCGAGAGUGAUUAGCAUCUUAUAUCUCCUCUCAGCAUUACCACUGAAUCACACAUUCAGGUUAUGAGAAUAAAGGUAAUGAUCACCUUAGGAAAUGCGCAAAGAGCAGUAUUGCUUAGGGCUAGAAAAAGGGUGAACAGAUCUAUAAGCUGGCUCGGAGUCUAACUUUCUGAUACAGCGAUCUUCACUUGAGUGGCAAAAGUAUUCCAUUCAAGGAUUGCUUUGGUUUUGCUCUGCUGUUCCCUCUGAUUGGUCCUGUGUCUCAAACAAUCAGAUGCCAGAUUGGAAACCAAGUGCAACUUGGACAAUUUCCUAUGCUUGAGACUGUUCACCUAACUUCUCCUUCCAUGUUUAUCAGCUGCAAGUGAUACACUAGAAUAAGUGCCACCCUUGAUUAAGCACCUUCCUCGACCAAGUGCUACAUUUGGGACAGAGCAGUUAAUAGGCAGAGUUAAUAAGCACCCUCCCUGAAUAAGUCCCACAGUCCAAGGUGAUAAAUUAAUUUAGUUAAAUUACAACUUCCUUCAUCCAUAAAAAAAGAAAUUAAUUUAUGACAGAGGGGUUAUAAUGCACAUUGCUGAGAUAGCAAACUUUUUAAUGGCGAUGCAUAUCAGUGUAGCUGCCAUUUGAUAAUCUUUAAAAGUAGUUGCGAUCAUAUUUUUACCAUGAAACAAACAUUUGAUUUUACUUUUGUGUUUUAGAAUUAUAGAAAAUACUCACGAAGAUAUAAAGAGUUUCUUGAAAAUAAUGGCAUUUCUUUGUCACUAUGUCAAGUGCGCUGGUACACUACAAGCUUCAACAGAUCAUUUGUCAGAUUUGGAAAGAUGCACCCUUACUUAUUGCAUGUGUGGUUUUCUGUGGGAGUCGUUGUCGGUGUUCUGUUAAUGUUUGCUUCGGUUGUUAUCCUUUGUCUGACUCUGUAUAAAGCCUUUGCUAAAGAUGCACCAGAGCAGGUGUUAACUCCUGUGGUAAGUGAUUUUAUUUGGUAUUUGCGAAAAAGAUUUCCAGUGGAUAAGAGAUAUGUGUGAGAAAAACAUUAAGGCCUCUGAUACCUCUGUAUAUACUGCUGAUAUUUUUUGUAGACUUAGAAAUUUAGGAUUUUUUCUCUUUUACAACGAAUGUAUUUUAUUUUCCUUUUGCUUUUCUUGUGUGUCUAUUUAUGUCUUUUUAUGUGUUAUUUCUUUAUUUCAAUCUGUAUUGUUUCCAAAGUAAUUCAAUUCAAUUUAAUUAAAUUUAAUUUAGUUAAGAAGAAAAUCAACCUGCCUUGAUUAGCAUCUGCUAUAUGCAGGUCAAAGGUGUGAUGCAAAGAUAGAGAAGUUUUAAAAGGGCUGUUGGCAUUGAGAGUGGCCAAUAUUUUGAUAACCUGAAGUCUUUUUUAGAGUAAAAUUUAACCCUUGUACUCCUAAUACCUCAACGAAAAUUCUCUUUUACUGUCUGUCAUACAUUUCUUAUAAAUUUUGUUCUGGCAAUUUGUUAUUAGAUGAAAUGAUAAUCCUCUAGUUACUACUUUUUGCUACACUGAUCACUUGGCUGCUUUAUAUUGUGUUGAUAUUAUAAGGAGAAAGUACAUAUUGGCCAUUCCUGUGAGUGAAAGGGUCAGAAAUUUCAAUUAUCACACAUAAAAUUGCUAGAUGGCAAAGCUGCAAAAAGUCAAAUUGACAAUUUACCUAAUAUUUAGGUUCAGUUCCAAUGGGUGAUGUUCACAUGUUAUGGUAUUUUACUUAUUUAACAGAUGCCAGGAGUGAAUGUACCAUGGAGUCAAGUCUUGUACUACCUCAUCACAUUGACAGUUAGUGGUGUUUUCCAUGAAUUUGGACAUGCUAUUUCAGCUGUCAGGUGUGUAGCCCAUUGUUCUUUAGCCUGCAAACAGGCUCCUGUUAGUGCUGAAGCUCAAGUGAAAAAGCCUACGAGAACUUUUACAAAAGACCCUUUGUGCAGUGUGGCAAGGCCACACUUUCCACUACUUUGUCCUGUGUAUUUUGUUUAUUGUAUAAUUUUCAAUCCUUUAACUCCUGAGAUUUGGUGGUUAAUUCUCUCCUCAAAAUGCUACACACUUUCUAACUUGUAAAUUAGUUUGGAGAAUUUGGUUAAAGAUCAAGAUAACAGUUUAUUCCUGAUAAAUUUGAGUAUUCUCACUACCUGUUCGUUUAAGUGUAUGGAUAUUAUAGGGAGAAUUUUCCAGUUAAUCACUUCUGGAAGUAAAAGGGUUACAAAGUCAGAAUAUCAUUAUAUAAACCUCUUAACUAUAAGAAAAGAGCAAUCAAUUUUCUAAGGUUUUCUUCACAAUGUUAAUGUUUGCCUUCCCAAUGUUGAUGUUGUAAUGGUUUGAGGUUAAUAACCUCAUCAAAUGUUUCUUACUACACUCUUUCAUCACCUCUGUUCCAUAUAAUGCAAAAGGUCAAAUGAAAAAAAUCACUGAACACUAACUGAUUUGAUGUACUUAAACUUAACAGAAUAUUGAAAAGAUAAACAAUAUAAAAUGAAUUUACGCACCAGCAUUUGUGACUGUAGUUCUCAUGAGAAUAUCCAUACACUUGGAUUCAUUUACUCAACUUAUCAUUUACUGAUUAAAUUAUGCAUAAGACAAAAAAGACUAUGAUGUUGUGGUAACACAUGACAUUUCCAAAUGUAUAUUUUAGAGUGACAAGCACCACCAUAGUUCCUAGAUGGUUAAUUUUUCUUUGUUUACUCCAUGUGCCAGUUACCCUUUUUCUUUUCAAAACAUCUGACUCACCUCUUUUGCAGAGAA